AUGGCGAAAUCACUAAGAUCCAAGUCGAAGCUUCAAGCAAAGUCACUCAAACGUAAAGGCGAGUUCCAGAAUUUCGUCGAUGAGAGAAACAAACGGAUAGCUGAGAAAUUGCAAAAGGAAACAGCUGAGCAAGAAGUUAAAAAGAAGAAGGCAAAGGAAGAUAAACAGGAUGGUGGGUCUAUGGAUGUGGACCAGCCGAAGAAAGUUAGCACUUCUGGUUGGAGAGACUCCAAUUCUCAGAGGUAUAAGCAGAGUAAAUUGAAGAACAAAGUCAAGAAGAAGACUAUGAAGUUUUAG